UAUAUCGACGACUACACCCUCCGCGUUCCUCUGCACUCACGCAAGCGCAUUGCACACCUGAAACACAGAAAGUGAAAAUUGAACAUCAUGGUAACGUUCAGUGCAGGGCGCUGUAUUACAUUAGCGUUCUAAUAUCGCUAAUUAGUGGCGUGGGGGACACAAACCGACCGACGCAAUAUCCAGCGCGUCGCGAGAAUGGCCGAUGCCUACACGGCAACGGUCUCCUACACUGCGCCAAAUCCGAGUGACGUAUCAGCUGUUUUGCCGGCGAGAGAUCCGCGCUCGUGACACCUCUCGAAGAUCACGCACUACGACCCGCCGGCACGAUGGCUUCGACGAUGCAACUCGAGUUCACGCAGGCGAUGACGGAUUUUAAAACCAUGUUUCCGGACAUGGAUGAUGACGUUAUCGAAGCUGUGCUGCGUGCUAACCAGGGUGCGGUUGAUGCGACCAUCGACCAACUGCUGGCUAUGAGCACCGACAACCAGAAUGAAAGACUGCGGUUAGAGAUAGAGCGCGUAGAAAGUUGUUCGCCUUCUCGCAGCAGCCGCCGGUCAGCACGCGCUGUUCAGAACGGCGACGAUAAUGAUACCACAGCACUUGUAGACGUUGAAGACGAGUCGGUGCCGUUAGCUGUACGUAAAAAAUGGGUUCCGCGAAUGCUAGGUCCCCUACCACCGAUGUUCCUACGCAUACCUCCCAAUACAGAUGCUAGAAUAGAUCUUAAUCUCGAAAUGGAUGACGACCGCAUCGCCACAUUCCUUCAGAACGAGGAAUUCAUGGCCGAACUGCGAUGGAACCAAGAGUUCAUAGCAGCAUUGGACAGUGAACAGGGAAAUAAAACAAAAUGUCAUGAUGAUGAAGCGGCUUUUAAGGAAAGACUGAAGAAUAUGGGCAAACUCUCACGGAAGAAAUUUGCGCAACUAUCGCGGAUGUUUUCGAGAGGUGGUUCCCGGCGGAGCGGCAGCGGGCGCGCGCCGCCCCGCGGGCCGCCCGACAGCUUGCUGCUGCAGGAAGAGCACAGCGAUGACGACGACAAAUCGCACACACAAAACAUCAAAAUUUAAUUUAAUCUUGCCACGUCAUAUCAUCGCGCUUCAUCCGAAGACUUAGAUGGGCCUUAUUUUGGAGCUGCACAAGGUUUCGCAUAAGACUGGGGAUAGAUAGAUAGGAUUGGACAAUUUGUUAUUGUUGGUUCGAUGUGAAAAGAUAAUUUUUAAGGUUUAUAGAGAGAAUCAGCUAUAAGUUUAAUUUAUUUAUAAAUAAAUGUCUAGACUCUACGUAUAGACACUACCCAGCACUUAGCUUUAUUUUGCUUCUAGUUUAAUUAGAAUCAUAUUUGUUCAUUGAUCUAAAAUUAUAUUCCAUCUACAUAAUCGUUUUUAACUUCCUGUUUAGAUGUCCCAGUUAUAUAUUAUAUUUUCCACUUGUUUUGUUGUAAAAUAUUUUUAGUGAACAUUAUUGUGUUUUUAUAAAAAUUUAAUUCUAUUAUUCGACCUCCUAAUGUUAUUUAAUAAGUAAUACCAAC